CCUUUUCCUCGGGUGCAACAGAACCUCUUGUCGUUGAUGUAAACUUGUACUGAUGGCAGAAUCGCAGCUUCGCACACUUGCAUAUGCCGUCGCAUACGCUACUUUCGCUUUGGGGCUCGGCAGCCUUAUUCUGAGGGUUUAUUGUCGUUUGACAAUACUGAGAGCAUGGGGAUGGGAUGAUUACUUCGCAAUUUUUGUGGGAGUAGUAAGCUGCGGCCAACAGAUCGUUCUACAUUUAUUCCUAUAUUGGGGGUGUGGCUUGCAUGUCAACACACUCACUGUUGAGCAGCAACUCGGAGUGAUAAAGAUUCUGUUUGUCGAAGAAGUGUACUACUACUUCGUUCAUUGGGUCAUCAAAUCGGCAUUCUUAUUCUUCUAUCUGCGAUUGUCGCCAAAGAAGACAUUCCGAAUGUUUGUUUUUAUCGGUAUGGCCACAAACAUGGCCAUAUUCAUCGCCAACACUUUGAUCGCUGUUCUUCAAUGCACCCCAUUUGAUGAAAUCUUCCACCCUGGAACACAUCCAGAUGCAAAGUGCUUACACAAGAUUAUUCUUCUAAUCGUCCCAUCUGUUCUGAACAUCAUCGAAGACAUCUAUAUUCUUGUCAUUCCUAUAUCAACAGUACUCGGUCUCCAGAUGUCUAUACGGCGCAAAAUUGGUGUUCUCUCGGUCAUUAGCUUUGGCGCGUCGACAGUUCUUGUUGCCCUUCUCCGGCUCAUUCCGCUUGUGGAGUUGAACUCAUCGGCCGACUUCUCUUAUGUGCUCGGCAAGAUAGUUGUCGUUGCCGCAUUUGAAAUCCAACUUGCCAUAAUCGCCAUAAAUUUACCCUCGAUGAAAGCUCUGUGGCUCAGAUUGACUGGGGGGGGCAGCUCAUCUGGCUCAAAUCCUGGCCGCUCCAAGGACGGGAGAUACAAGUUGAGUUCUAUGAAAGGAGCAUCUCAGGAUCUUGGAACGAUCGGGGGGUCCUCCCGUCAAGCAAGAAGGAAUAAGUUAUCAAGGGGCAGCAUCACACACUUGGAACACGAUGUGAGAGAUACCGACUCCCAAGAAGAGCUGUUCAGGCAAGCGGGAUAUCCGAUCGAUCAUGACGCUGAACAAGCAGAUAGUGGGAUCGUAGUAACGACAGAGCUGACUCAGAGCCUUGAAGAGGGAUCACCGGCACCUGGAUCACCGUUUCAUAAAGGACCGUCCGUGUCGCACAAGAUUGGUUCCCCCUUUGAUGCACCUCGGGAUGAAGUUGUAAUACAAGGACAAAAGUUCUGAAUAUCCUGAGGCCUCUCUUUGGAGAUAAACCUUCUGUCAGUUGUUGAGAGACUUCCAAACGUCCGCAGGCGAACGAAACGAGCCUUAUCAGCAGCUUUGCUCAAAUGAAAGCUAUGCUCGGGAG